AGAAGCACACCCUAUUGAGGCGCCAUAUUGUGUUCUAAACUACCCUCAUCGAACUAUUGCCACGCGCACUUCACUCCUCCACAGGGAAAAUGGCCGGAGCGUCCAAACCCGGCCCCAACCCGCCUCGAAUGCCCAUCGUGGUACCGGAAAUGACCGCCGCCUCCUCGCAGGACGUGAAGAUGUCCACAGCGAACACCAGCGAGUCCAGCGUAGUCAACCCUGACAAUGACGUCUGGGACACCGAGAUGCAGCUUGUGUCAUCGCUCGCGAAGCUCCAGCAAUUGGAGGGAAUGAUCCAUCAAUUGCGCACACUGCUCCCAGGAAGGUUACUGGAACCCCUGAUAACGGCCGCCAACCCGGGCAUAGCGGCCGGCGGCCGGCAGCAGGGCGUAUCGUCAUCAACAUCACCAUCCCCGCGGGCGGUGUUUGAGCAGCUCAAGCAAUGCGUCCAUAGCGGGGUGCGGGAGGUCGCGGAGUUCCAGACGCUGUGGCGGAGUCCGGAGAUGAAGAGCGUCUGGGAUCGGGUCGACGCCCAGAUCCGGGGGAAUGGAGGCCAGCUGCUGCAGCCGACGGGGAUGUGGGAGGAGGACUACGACGUGCUGCUGGAGGGGCUCGUCCGGGAGGAGCAAGGGAAGCAGGCGGAGCGGCGGAGCGUCGAGGAGGAGGCGGAGCGGUCGAAGAUCCAGGCCACGGAGGGCGGCUGGCGGGCGAUUGUGGAGGGGUUUGCCCAGCGGAACGUGCCCGGGGUGCGGGUGCAGACGAGUAAGACCGAGGAGGCGUCAGUGCUGGUAGCGCUGGUGAAGGCGGGCAUGGUCUUCCAGGUUCACACCGUUGAAGGGCUGGAGAGCCACGGGGUGCCGGAAUGGCGGAUCGCCAGUAAGGCGGCGCCUGGACAGCCCGUCACCAAGCUCGAGGGGGCGGUCAUGCAGUGCUUGAACUCGCGUCCCCGGCAGUGGGACCUGCUCCAAUUGUUGGAGAUGAUAUCAUCGUACUCCGACAUCAAACAAACGCCGUGCCUGAAAUGCAACAAGCUGACCGACACCGCGGCCCAGUUACCCGCCGUCCGCAGGCCGAAACUCGUCCCAUCCACGGACGGCCAGCAGUCCACGACCGUCUGGGAAGCCUAUCAUCCCAGCUGUGUCGCCGAUUGAAAGUGACAAGCAGAGACGGCCAUCAAAUAGUCUUCAACAUCUUCAUCAGCCCCACAAAGACAAACAUUUCUAAAUCCUUGCACAUCAAUUCGAUACCACUCAUCAACCUGUCCGCAUCCAGUAGCGCUUACCAUCACCCCAACUCAAGGAGCCCUCCAUCCCAGUCUCAGGAUCCAACCCCAACUCCCAAACACAGACAAUCAGCCCUUCAAACCGCCGACCUCACGAC